UUCACUUUUUGACCCUUUUUUGCCUUUUUUUUUAUAUUUUAUUUUUCCUUCCCCUCUUCCUUUUUAUUUACACUUUAGUCCACUUCUUCUCUUGCAAUUGCCUCUUCUCUCGUUUGUUUCCUAGUGUCUCUUCCUUCUUUUACCUUUUUUAUUUUAUAUAUACCCCGUUCACACGUAUAUCCCAUUCGAUUCAUUAUACCACUUUUUAUACCUCAUUAUCUACUGUUGAUCUCAUUUUUUCUCUUUUCGUUCGUUUGCCUUUUUCCCUUCGUUUUAUUCAUAUCGUUCAUUUCUCAUUUGUUUUUAAUUCAUUGUCAAAACACAACAGCCUAGGAAGAAAAAAAACCCCAAAUCAUGUCGUCGGUUGUAGUUUAUGCUGCCAACCUCUCUAGCCCAGAAGGUCAUGCCCCAUUGAGUGAAUCGCAAAUCACCAUGCUCAAGAAUGAACUCAUGGCCCGUCAUGCCCAAAUCACCACUAUGCAAUUGGCAACUUGUGUCCCUUUGUCCACUUCUCCUCUCACUUCCCUAUCACCGUCGUCGCCUUCGUUAUCGUCGUUGGCGUCUCCGCUCCAUGCUGUGUUCAUCGGUUCAUCUUCCGCUGUCGAAGCAGCGCGAGGUGAUCUUUUAAGAAUGUCGCCCCUGGAGACGAAAACCAUCCUUCAGUCCAUUGAUCCCGGUUUGCUGCAUUCGGAUGAUACGAGAAAGCGAUUGUACGAAGGGUUGGCGAGGCUUGCACGCGAGACGCAGACGCAAUUAACGGUUCAAAAGACGACGCAUCCUCACGUUCUUGUUUAUGGUUCCGCCAAUGUAGUGGAACAAGCACGCGUACGAAUUCUCGUGUUUUUGGACCAAAUGAUGAAUUUGCGCACAGACACGCUGCAAUUACCCUAUCACUUGCAUAACCUCGUUGCCGGUCGUAAACAUCAUCGCCUAUUUUCCAUCAUGGAAGACACAGUCACCAACAUCUAUCUCCAGUCACCUUUCGCUACAUCUUCGUCUCACUCUACCACCAACCCCACAUCGCCUUCCACGCACGGCGUUAUCUAUAUUACCGGCGACCCGACCGGAAUUCAAAAGGCCAAAGAAAGCUUGCAAACCGUCGCGGCGCAAAAGAUGAAAACCGUGUGUCACAAAACCAUCACCAUGCAGGCCCGAAAGCUAGACUGGAUGAUCGUACAUCAGCACGAAGAGUUGCGCUCCAUCAUGACCGAUAAUGGUUCUUUUAUUGCUUUUCCGAUGCUAGGUUCCGGAUCUUCGACUGUGACAGUCUAUGCCGAGAAUAGAACCAAUGUGGAACGCACCCUGCGUUUGAUCAAUCAUAUGGCUACGCGCAUUUACAAAGCUAGCUUUUAUGUACGAUUCGAAAGCACAAACGACAGCGACAGUGGAGCGACAUUGGCAAGGCCAUCUACCGCAUCUCACCAUCAGCUUUCCCAAUUGAUUUCAUGGCUUUCCCAAAACAGCAACGCAGAAGUAAACUACAACGUGGAUUCUUGCCAAUUAGAAGUAUUCGGUACACAAAAGACUGUUGGUAAAGUAUACCAGCUUCUUUCUGACAUGCCUUCCUUCAAAUUGCAUCAUCAAUUCACCGUGUUCGCUUUGGAAUUGGCCACCACACAACGCGAAUUCAUUAGUGGCAAAAAGAAUGGCAAGAUCAACAAGAUCAUGAAGAUGUGUACGGCAAGGAUCAAGUUUGCUUCCAUGAAUGAGUACAAUUUUGUCAUCAAGGUAGAAAGCGACCAAUUGGCCAAGGCAGUGGAUGGUCUUGUUCUCAUUCAAGACGAAUUACCUGCCGAAUUGUCGUUCCAUGUACCUGAAAUCUAUCACCGACGCAUCAUUGGCGUAGGCGGCAAAAAUAUCCAGCGCGUCAUGAAACGGUACGGUGUGUAUGUAAAAUUUUCAGGGGCUGAGGAAUUCGCCAGCUUGGGAGGGUAUUUCGAGAACGACCACAACGUGGUGGCAAGAACACCUAUGAAGAAUCAAACCAAUCUUGUCAGUCUGCGCCAAGCCGUCAUGGAUUUCAUCGCCUUUCCAAAAGACCGCGAUUUCAUUGUACGUCCAGUGGCCAUUCCGUCUUACCUUCACCGCACCUUUCUGCAUCAACACGGCAGCAAACUCCGCGAACUGGCAUUAAUCAACAAUACCAAGAUAGAAUGGCCAGAACGAUCAGGGAAAGAUGAAGUGUGUCUUUUAGGUCCUCGCUCGCAUAUCGGCAACGUGCGUCAGUAUCUGGAACAUUACCUUGUCCACGACGACAUUCUCAUUGUUCCCACGUCAGUCAAAUUGGCCUUUGAUCCUGCCGACAGUUUCAUGAACCAGAUUCGACAGCAUAUCCUAACCGAGACACGGAUCGAACUGCUGCCGCCCCUGAAAGAUACAUUGUCACCGACCGUAUUCAAAGGGGACGAACCGUCCAAUCUGGUUCUCGACCCAGCGAUCUACCCCUUGGUCGAUGAAGCGUACAUUUUCCGUUUCCGAUAUACAAGAGACCAUGAGAAAGCCUUGGUCACAGCGAAAAGGACCCUGGAACAGUACCUGAGGAUGCAGCAGCCUACCACACCACCUGCGAAAUGCGAUCCUCCCUUGCCUUUGGAACUGGACAUCACUCGUCUGGAAAUCCAAGGCGAAACGAUGCUGUCUUCCCUUCUGGCUACUUCAGACAAUUCCACCAUGAGUUUACCGACACAUAUUUAUUCAACCAAUUACAUCCAGUCCUUGUGGAUGGAUCUGCCCAAGUCGCAGUCGUCCCCGUCCCCGUACGACCACGCUCGACGUACGCCACCGCAUCCGUUACGAACCAUUUUCGAGACCACGCCCAGCCCACCGCCUAGUCGAAGUACCAGCAGUGAGCGCUUAUUGUCAAAUUUCCAGUCAUCCCCCGAUACGUCCAUGCUGGCGCAAGCGUAUCAAGGCCGUACGGAACGCUAUGCCUCCAGUGUCUUUACUUCACCCACCAAUUCUACCGGUAAAAAUAUCUGGGCUACUCCAGGAUUAAAACCAAGCAAAAGCACAAGCACUUUCAUGUCACGAGAAUCGUUGGAUCCGAUGUCGCUGGAAAACAGUUACAGCUUACCAUUGAUACAACCAGUGUCCAACAGGAACGCAUCGCAAGAAAUGAACUAUUUUGCCGUACGGCCUCGUCCUGUCACCUCUUUAUCAGCAUCGACGGCCGUGACAAGGACCGAAUCAUCUUAUCGAUAUCCCUUCUUCGGUCAUCCUUCCCUGGACGAGUCCCCAGCCGAAUAUCUACCGCGGUCCAUGUCGUUUGAUGCACAAGGUCAGAUCGGUGUUUCCAAUCGAUCGCCGCUCGAUACCACUUAUACGUAUUGGCCGACAAGCAAUGGUUACUCCAGUCCACUGCAGCUGUUCGAUCAUGGCGUCAAGACAAGCCAGCCAAUGUCAGCAACUUUACCUUUCACAGCGACGACGACAGGCACGAAUAUAACACAACUGCCCACGUAUUCACAAGGAAUGAUGCAUGACGAUCUUUUACCUACGUUUUCUUUUAGCUCUCCAUUUCCGUUUACCUCUUUCCAGCAUACACCGGCCGUCCCUUCGAAGAAUGGGUCCAAUAGAUAAAUUGGAACCUUUCGAAAGCGAGUAGCCUUGUUUGGAAUUAUACCCCACACAGACUUCUUUUCAGCUUAUACCUAUCCAGCGUUGAACCGCAUCUUUGAUUUGCCAUUAUAGAUAUCACUUAUCGUUUAUUCUCCCAUCGUAUAUACUUAUUUUCUUGGUUGUAUUUUUUAUUGAUUUGGUUUCUUUUUUUUUUUUAUCACCAUAUCAUCAUAUACCUACCCAUUAUUAAAAUGUUUGGGGAGUUAUGCGCGCUAAUUUUCACUCACAAGCAUUCACACCGGGUUGUGAUUGGGUACUUUUUGAAAAAUAAAACGUUUCUGAUUGGG